AUGGAAAACAGCACGGAAGUGACUGGGUUCAUCCUCCUCGGACUAUCCAGUGCCCCCGAGCUACAGAGCCCCCUCUGUAUCAUGUUCACUCUCAUAUACCUCGUCACUCUGGUCGGAAACCUGGGAAUGAUCACACUGAUUCUCUCGGAUUCUCGUCUGCACACUCCUAUGUACUUUUUCCUCAGUAACCUGUCUCUGGUGGACUUUGGCUACUCCUCGGCCGUCACUCCAAAAGCCAUGGCUGGGGUACUUAUCGGAGACAAGGUCAUCUCCUACAACGCAUGUGCUGCUCAGAUCUUCGUCGUCGCCUUUGCUACUGUGGAAAAUUAUCUUCUGGCCUCAGUGGCCUAUGAUCGCUAUGCAGCCGUGUGCAGACCUCUGCAUUAUACCACAACUAUGACAGCAAGUGUGUCUGCUCAUCUGGCCAUAGGGUCCUACAUCUGUGGGUUUCUCAAUGCCUGCUUUCAUGUUGGAGACAUAUUCAGUCUUCCUUUCUGUAAGUCCAUCACGGUCCAUCAUUUCUUCUGUGAUGUCCCAGCUGUCCUGGCUCUCUCUUGCUCUGAAAAGCACAUUAGCGAGGUGGUUCUUGUUUUCAUGUCGAGCUUUAAUGUCUCUUUUGCUCUUCUGGUUAUACUGAUCUCCUACCUGUUCAUAUUUGUAAACAUCUUGAAGAUGCACUCAGCUCGGGGUCACCAGAAGGCCUUCUCCACCUGCGCUUCCCACCUCACUGCUGUCUCCAUCUUCUACGGGACCGUCAUUUUCAUGUACUUACAGCCCAGCUCCAGCCAUUCCCUGGACUCAGACAAAGUGGCGUCCAUGUUCUACGCCGUGGUCAUCCCCAUGCUGAACCCACUGGUCUACAGCCUGAGGAACGAGGAGGCCAAGAGUGCAUUCAAGAAGGUAGUUGAGAAGACAGAUAUAUCUAUAGGGUUGGGACUUUUAACACUGUAG